CUCCCUUUUUAUGCUCCCCCUGCCCCAAUGCUGGGAAUCAUUUAAGACGCGCCAUGGGAGACUUGAAGUCGGGCUUCGAGGAGGUGGACGGCGUGCGCCUCGGCUACCUGGUGAUCCAGGGCAAGCAGAUGUUCGCCCUCUCGCAGGUCUUCACGGAUCUGCUGAAGAACAUCCCGCGCACGACGGUGCACAAGCGCAUGGACCACCUGAAAGUCAAGAAGCACCACUGCGACCUGGAGGAGCUGCGGAAGCUCAAAGCCAUCAAGUCCAUCGCCUUCCACGCCGCCAAAUGCACCCUCAUCUCCCGCGAGGACGUGGAGGCUCUCUACACCUCGUGCAAGACCGAGCGGGUGCUCAGGACCAAGCGGCGGAGCCGAGGGCCGCCGGUCCAAGCCCCCCCCGGGCCGGAACCCUACGCCGCGUUCUGGAAGGACGGCGGCAAACUUUGGCUGGGCUUGAAUGGAGCCGCCGCGGCGCCCCGGCGGAAAGCGUGGCGGCCGGCGGGCUCGGGCGCCUUCCUACCGGCUUCGGAUCUACCUCACUUUUGGAGCCAAUCCCCCGGGCAGAGCUCGCCGGGACUGGCCCGGUCGCCUCGCAAAGGGGCGGCAGACUAUGAAACUGGCCCGCUGGGGCCCCGCUACGUCUCCCUGGCUGCGGAACCGGCUUAUUUCCGGAGCCUGCUCUGCUCCAAGCACCCCCACUACUACUACCACUCCGCGGCCGCCAUUGCCAGCCAGCCCAAGCUCGCCGCCGCCGCCGCCGCCCGGAAGAAAGCCGCCGAGGGCCGCUGGCCGGGCGGCUGCGGGAGGCGCCUGCUGCUCCUGCCCCGCGCCUGCAAGCUCAGCGGCGCCGCGUCCGAGCGCCUGCCCGGCCUGAACGCUUUCCUGGCGCCGGCGCCGCACCCCCCCUUCCCGGAGAGCUGCAGCAGCGACUCCGACUCCAGCUCCUACUCGGACCACGCGGCCAACGACGACUCCGACUUCUGCUCCAGCCUCUCCAGCACCAGCAACUCGGCUUCUUCGGAGGAGGAGGACGAGGAGGAGGAGGAGGAGGAGGAGGAAGGCAGCUGCGCCUCGGAUUCCAGCGACCUGAGCUCCGACGAGGACGACGACGAGGAGGACGAAGAAGAGGAGGAGGAGGAGGAGGACAGCAGCUCGGAGUCGGACUCCAGCUCGGGCUCCAGCCAGGUCUCGGUGCAGAGCAUCCGCUUCAGGCGCACCAGCUUCUGCCAGCCGCCCAGCCUGGCGCCGGCCUCCCUCCUGCUCCGCCCGCGCUGGGCCGGCCGCGAGGAGCCCGAGCGGGCCAUUAAAGCCGAAGCCGCGGAGGAGGCGGAGGCGGCGGCGGAGGGCUGGGGCGGGCGGGCCGGCUGGGCCCCCAAGGCUGACCCCCCGCCGCCGGUCCCCCCGAGCCAGGCCCUCGCCGCCUGCACUUUAGGCGCUGCUGCCGCCGCCGCCGCCGCCGCCAAACCCGAGGAGGGGGAGUACAAAUUCGGAGCCAGGGUGAGGAAAAACUACCGGACUUUGGUGCUGGGCAAGAGAGCCACCCUCCCGAGCUCAGACCCGCUCAAACCAAAUCUGAAAACGGCCCGGAGCCCCCGGCCGCCCCCGGGGAAGCUCCUGGAGGCCCCCGAAGGAACACUGGAUGACUUGGCGGUGCUCAGCCGGCGCAAGAGGGUCGCCAGCGCCGUCGCCUCGACCGUCAAAAGGCCCUUUAACUUUAUGGGCAAUUUUCCCUGCCCGCCCUCCUUGGUGGUUGGCCUCGAUGGGGAUUUGUUGCCAGCCUACACCUUGAACACUGCCAAGGAUGCCCAAGCACCUCCCAAGGCCCAUCCUGUCUGGAGAUGGCAGCUGGGCGGGUCUGCAAUACCUCUUCCACCCAGCCACAAAUUCAGGAAAUUUCAUUCGUAACCGAGAUUGAAUGGGAACCCUACUUUAUUAUUUACAC